AUGUGGUCGCGAGAGCGGCGCGUCUCCUGGCGAGGUCGAUUGCUGCUGUGGUGCGUCUUGGUGGCGGCGUGGGAGCUGUCUUGGGGACAGCUGCGCUACUCGGUGCCCGAGGAGAUGCAGAAGGGCUCCUUCGUGGGCGACGUGGCCAAGGACCUGGGAUUGGAGCUCUCGGCACUCCGCGGCAGCGGCGCCCACGUCGUUUCCGAAGGUAGGAAUCAAUAUUUUUCUCUGCACGAGAAAACCGGGCACUUAGUGAUGGCGGAACGAAUAGACAGGGAGCGGGUCUGUGAAAGCGCAGAGGAUUGUGUCCUCCGCUGUGAGAUGAUAGUGGAAGGUGAAAUGAAGGUUUAUGCAAUCGAAGUGGAAAUCAGAGACAUUAACGACAACGCGCCCAGCUUCCGAGACGAAGAAAUGCAAGUGAAAGUGAGCGAGACAGCAGCUCCGGGAUGGCGCUUUCUCUUGCGCAGUGCUCUAGACCCAGACAUCGGGAGAAAUUCUCUGCAGGGGUACGAGUUGAGUGACAACGAGCACUUCGCUCUGGAUGUGCAAACGGGAAAAGACGGUUGGAAACGUCCCGAGCUGGUGCUGGUGAAGGUGCUGGACCGCGAGGAAGCCGCCUUUCACGAGCUCGUGCUGACGGCGAUGGACGGUGGCGACCCACCGCGGACGGGUACGGUACUGAUCCGCGUGAUCGUUCUAGACGCCAACGACAACGCACCGGUGUUCAGCCAGGCGGUGUACACGGUGCGUGUGCGGGAGGAUGUGCCCUUGGGCUCCGUCCUGCUCACCGUCAGUGCCACCGAUGCCGACGACGGGAUGAACGGAGAGGUGAACUUUUCUUUUGAAAAGAUUUCAGUAAAAGCAUCUGAAAUAUUCCAUUUGGACACCGAAACGGGAGUGAUCACCCUGACCGGAAGUCUGGACUUCGAGGAAGGUGAUUCGUACGAAUUGGAGGUUCAGGCAAAAGACGGUGGGGACCAGUUCGACAUGGCGAAAGUCUCGAUCGAGGUGACUGACGUGAAUGACAACGCGCCUGAAAUCUCGGUGAGGUCCUUGAUGAGCACAGUGCCAGAGGACUCUCCGGCGGGGACGGUGGUGGCUCUGCUGCACGUUCAGGACCGCGACUCGGCCGCGAAUGGGGAGGUGAGGUGCUCCCUGGACGCRGGGCUGCCCUUCCGUCUGCGCAGCUCGCUGGGCAACUACUACAGCGUGGAGACGUCGAGGGAGUUGGACCGCGAGGCGGUGUCGGAGUACAACGUGACGGUGCGGGCGACGGACGGCGGGUCGCCGGCGCUGUGGAGCAGCGCGGUGCUGCCGCUG